AUGUCGACGCCCACUGCAGACUACAAGUUCAAUCAGAUCGGCAUCAGGGUCUCCGACCUCCAGCGAUCCCUGCACUUUUACCAGGAUGUCCUGGGCAUGAAAGAACUUGGACAUAUGGAGUUUGACACCAUAAAGAUUUGGUUUGUGGGAUAUCCCGAAAAGGAUGCCGGCGCAGAGGGGAGCGCGACAAAGAACCCGGUUUUGGCGAGAGAAGGCGUGCUCGAGUUGAUCUGGUCCGAGAACUCCUUAAAAAACAUAACCAACGCCAAUGAUCACCCAGGAUUUGGCCUCAUCAAGCUCUGCUUCACAGUCCCAGAUAUAUCGGCCUGCAUGAAGCGAAUGGAAGACAACGGGGUCAAGAUCCUCAAACAACCUGGCAGCCCACACGGUCUGGAUGUGGCGGCUCGUGCCAUUGGAACGGAAAUGCCUGAUCAGGGGAAGAACCAGGGACUUUGGACGGCCGUCACUCGAGUAGGCUUCGUGGAGGAUCCUGAUGGGUAUCUUGUCGAGAUUGUACAGUAUUGA